UGUGUCUCCUCAGCCAUGCAGUUCUGCAACCUUCAUCACUGUGUCCUCUUCUUCCUCAUCUUCACAUUCACCACUGCUCCUGUCUCAUCUCUUGAGAUCUGUCCUACACGGGGAAAGCUUCAUCAACCAGUGACGCUCUCAUGUACAACUAAAUGUUCUGGUUUAUUGAUAUGGAACAUUCUUAGUAAUAGAGAUGUUGUCCUGGCUCAGUGUGAUCAGACAUCAUGCAAGUCAGAAGAAGGAUUUAGUAUCUCUCAUGAUCAGUACCUGAAGGGAGAUUCCUCUCUCACCAUCACUGCAGCUGAUUACAGUAAGAGGAACGUGUACGCAUGUGAAUGUGAAGACUCAGAUUUCGUACAUGUGCGCCUCGUCAUAGAGACUGUGUUCACACCAGUUCAGAUGAAGUCUGAUGAAGAUCUGAAGCUGAAGGUGUCUGUACCAGAGCCAGUGGAGGUGAUUUAUAAAAGAGGUGAUGCAGCUGAUAAAGUGAUCUGCAGUGUGACUAAAGACUCACUACAGUGUAAAGAUGAAUACAGACACAGAACAUCACUCACUUACCCUGAGCUCACACUGAGACACAUGACGCCGAGGGAUAGUGGAAGUUACACCAUCCGGGACACCAAGAAUAAUGAAGACAUUCAGAUAUACGCCGUGUCUGUGGAAGCUGUGGUCACACUAGUUCAGAUGAAGUCUGAUGAAGAUCUGAAGCUAAAGGUGUCUGUACCAGAGCCAGUGGAGGUGAUUUAUAAAAGCAGUGAUUCAGCUGAUGAAGUGAUCUGCAGUGUGACUAAAGACUCACUACAGUGUAAAGAUGAUUACAGACACAGAACAUCUCUCAUUUACCCUGAGCUCACACUGAGACACAUGACGAAGGGGGAUAGUGGAAUUUACACCAUCCGGGACACCAAGAAUAAUGAAGACAUUCAGAUAUACGCCGUGUCUGUGGAAGCUGUGUUCACACCAGUUCAGAUGAAGUAUGAUGAAGAUCUGAAGCUGAAGGUGUCUGUACCAGAGCCAGUGGAGGUGAUUUAUAAAAGAGGUGAUGCAGCUGAUGAAGUGAUCUGCAAUGUGACUAACGGCUCACUACAGUGUAAAGAUAAAUACAGAGACAGAACAUCACUCACUUACCCUGAGCUCACACUGAGACACGUGACGCCGAGGGAUAAAGCAACUUACACCAUCCGGAACAUCGAGUAUAAUGACGACAUUCAGAUAUACGCCGUGUCUGUGGAAGCUGUGUUUAUACCAGUUCAGACGAAGUCUGAUGAAGAUCUGAAGCUGAAGGUGUCUGUACCAGAGCCAGUGGAGGUGAUUUAUAAAAGCGAUGAUGCAGCUGAUGAAGUGAUCUGCAAUGUGACUAAAGACUCACUACAGUGUAAAGAUGAUUACAGACACAGAACAUCACUCACUUACCCUGAGCUCACACUGAGACACAUGACGAAGGGGGAUAGUGGAACUUACACCAUCCGGGACACCGAGUAUAAUGAAGACAUUCAGAUAUACGCCGUGUCUGUGGAAGAACAGUCUGGUGUUCCUGCAUGGGUGAUUGUACUGAUACUGAUUCUGGUCUGCUGCUGUGUUGGAGCAGUAAUAUUCCUACUGUAUAAAUACUGUAUGAGAAAACAGCAGUUGGAGAGGCGACUGCAACAAGUGGACCAGCUUGUACAGGAGGCUUUACGAGGAACAGAGGAGAAGAUCAGAGAAGCGGAGACGUCAGUCGAUCAGCUGCAGCAGCAGUACAUCAACACUGUAUAUGAACACCAGGUUAAAGUGUUCUGCAGUGAAAAGAGGAGACAGCUGUUGGAGAGGCGACAGCAACUAGUGGACGAGCUUGUAAAGGAGGCUUUAGGAGGAACAGAGGAGAAGAUCAGUAAAGUGGAGAAGUCACUCAAACAGCUGCAGCAGCGGUACAACAACACUGUAUAUGAAGACAAGGUCAAAGUGUUCUGCAGUGAAAAGAGGAGACAGCUGUUGGAGAGGCGACUGCAACUAGUGGACCAGCUUGUACAGGAGGCUUUACGAGGAACAGAGAAGGAGAUCAGAGAAGCGGAGACGUCAGUCGAUCAGCUGCAGCAGCAGUACAACAAGACUGUAUAUGAACACCAGGUCACAGAGUUCUGCAGUGAAAAGAGGAGACAGCUGUUUGAGGGGCACCUGAAACAAGUGGACCUGCUUGUACAGGAGGCUUUAGGAGGAACAGAGGAGAAGAUCAGAGAAGUGGAGAAGUCACUCAAUCAGCUGCAGCAGCAGUACAACAACACUGUAUAUAAAGACACGGUCAAAGUGUUCUGCAGUGAAAAGAGGGGACAGCUGUUAAACAGCCAACUGCUACCUGUGGUACAACUUUUAAAGAAGCAAGAAGAGUUGAAAAAGGAGGACACUGAAUAUUUGGAGAGGAAGCUGAAUUGGCUGAUGUACCUGUACAGAAACUCUGAACAUUUAAAUGAUGUCUCAUUGUUCUGCAUGGAACUGAGGUCACAGAUUAGCUGGAACAGAUUACAGUACAGCAAAGAAGAACCUUUUGUGACCAAGAGAAGUGAGUUGAACAGGAAACAGCUAAUUGUGGAACAGCUUGUACAGCAGGCUAAAGCAGGGACAAAGAAGAAGAUCACAGAAGCAAAUAAAGCAAUAGAUGAGUUGGAGCAGCAGUACAGCUACACUGAAUAUUCAAAACAGGUCUCAAUGUUCUGUGAUGAAAAGAGGGAACAACUGGACGCACACUAUGCUUCCGGUCUAAUAAUGUGAUGAAGAGUGACGUCAGACUCGGCUCUGUGACGGCUCUCUAACUGAUGGAAAGGCAAACGGGUUCUUAGAAGGCUCGCCAAUGGAACCAACUUUGAACCAACACCAGCUCUGAACCAACCAGAAAUGAUUUGUCGUGUGUGUGUGAGAUGGAGCAGGGUGAGAGCAGCAUGGAGAUCAAGUGUUGUGGAGAGAAGAGAAUGAGUUAAAAGACCAACACACACACUUUAGGAGUAACAGAAUACAUAAUCCGGACUCAAAAAUUGUGGAUAUGUUACAGUUCAAAGCAAAGUAUCUUGAGUUCUGUAGAUUUUGUAAAAACAAACAAAAAAAAAAGUCAUGUUCAUGUGUCUGCUGUAAACGUCUUUAAUGUUGUUUUGAUUGUAACGCUGUUUUCUUGUGUUUAACGUCUUUAACAUUUUCUUCUUCAAAUGUAAAAUGUUAAAGAUCUUCUCCAGCUGUUACACCAAUAAUAUGAUUAAUAUGAACAUGUUGGGGCACGGUGGCUUAGUGGUUAGCACGUUCACCUCACACCUCCAGGGUCGGGGUUCGAUUCCCGCCUCCGCCUUGUGUGUGUGGAGUUUGCAUUUUCUCCCCGUGCCUCGGGGGUUUCCUCCGGGUACUCCGGUUUCCUCCCCCGGUCCAAAGACAUGCAUGGUAGGUUGAUUGGCAUCUCUGGAAAAUUGUCCGUAGUGUGUGAUUGUGUGAGUGAAUGAGAGAGUGUGUGUGUGUGCCCUGCGAUGGGUUGGCAAUCUGUCCAGGGUGUAUCCUGCCUUGAUGCCCGAUGAUGCCUGAGAUAGGCACAGGCUCCCCGUGACCCGAGGUAGUUCGGAUAAAGCGGUAGAAAAUUAAUGAAUGAACAUGUUGAUUAACAAAGCUUCAUGCUAUAAAAUGAAUGUGGUGAUUUUACAGUUUUUAUUCAGAUUGUAGAUUGUGUGUCAGUGCUUUUGAAGGUUUUUGUCAUUUUACUGCAAUCUUUUUUUUUUUUACAUUUAUUUGAUUAAACUAACCCAUAAUGUAGAGGUUAUUGUAGAGGUUAACCACAGGAACUGAAGAUGUUUUGAAGCUGUGAGGAAAAUGCAGAUGAUAAUAGAGAAGAGAUUUUGGUGCUUUUCUUGUGGACAGAAUGAAGCUGUAGACAUAAGAAGUAACUAAAUGAACAGACUGAUGUUCCUGAGCCGUGUCUUCAGACUAACACUGUCAGGAUGAAACUCUGCAGACGUUCUGAAGUUUCUCUCAGCUGUUUUUAUAGCUUCCACACUAACACACUUACAGCUACACAAACUUAUACACAAACAUAUAAACUCUUAUACACAUAGUUACAGCUGCAUGUAUCAUUUACUCUGUAUGUGCUUUUAAAGGCAGAAUAAAUACAAGUGUCUUAGAUCAUUUUA